AUGGCGGCCGCCGAGCUCUGGCGUCACGAAGCCCCGGCAGAGACGCCGAUGUGGAGGUUCCUGGAGCAUGUGAACUCCAAGUACGGCCUGAGCCUCAAAGACUACCCGGACCUGUACAAGUGGUCCGUCGACAAUGUGGCUGACUUCUGGGGCGAUGUCUGGCAUUUCGUCGGCAUCAAAGCCUCCAAACCGUACGAUGGGCAGGUUUUGCCUUCCGAUGCCCCCAUGUUCCCCAGGCCCGACUUUUUCGCCGGUGCCCGUCUCAACUUUGCAGAGAACCUGCUGUUUCCUGCCAAUGCCGAGGUCGACGAGUCGGCCACGGCUGUCAUCACGGCCACCGAAGACGAGGGCCACCUCACCGAGACCUCCUGGGCCCAGUUAAGAGACCAGGUCCGCCGCUGUUCCAACGCCCUCCGCUCCAUCGGUGUCAAGGAGAACAGUGUCGUUGCGGGCUUCGUUGCCAACCACGUCCAGGCCUUGGUCGCCUUGUUGAGUGCCGCGACCGUCGGCGCCAUCUGGACCGGCAUCAGCCCGGACAACGGCGUCAGCGCUGUCCUUGACCGCCUCACGCAGAUCAGGCCCAAGGUGCUGUUCGCCGACAAUGCCACGCUGUACAACGCCAAGGAGUGGCCGUGCAAGGCCAAGACGCUUGACAUCGUCCAGGAGCUCAAGAAGCACGGCCUCGAGCAGGUUGUUGUUAUCAAGGGUCUCCCCCGCGUCGAAACGGGGCUGGACGAGAUCCGGGAGAAAGGAGUCAAGGCUGAGGAGUUUGAAGCGUUCCUGAACUCAUCCCCGGAUUCGCCAUUGGACUUCGCUCAGCUCCCGCCUUCCCACCCCCUCUACGUUCUGUACUCCAGCGGUACAACUGGCCUCCCAAAGGCCAUCGUCCACACUGCGGCCGGCACCCUUCUGCAGCACAAGAAGGAGCAUUUUCUGCAUUGCUCUCUCUCGCCGUCCUCCCGCAUGCUCUAUUACACGACCACUUCCUGGAUGAUGCAUCACUGGAGCGUCUCCGCCCUGGCCUGCGGUUGCUCGCUCGUCCUGUACGCCGGCUCUCCCUUUAAACCGCACGGCUACUCCUCCCUCCCUCGUCUCCUGUCCUCCCUCCGCGUAACCCAUUUUGGCACCUCGGCCGCCUACCUCACCACCCUCGAGGCAAACAACAUCCGCCCGGUCACCGACCCGUCCCUCGACUUGUCCGCCCUCGAAGCGAUCUACUCCACCGCCUCUCCCCUCCCUCCCUCCACCUUCUCCUUUGUCUACACCGCCUUCCCCCCAAAGGUCAACCUCGCCUCCAUCACCGGUGGCACGGACAUCAUCUCCCUCUUCGGCGCACCCUGCCCACUGCUCCCCGUCCGCGCGGGCGAGAUCCAGUGCGCCGGUCUCGGCAUGGCCAUUGGCGUGGUCAUCCCCUCCUCGUCACCCGAGGAAGCCCCCCGGCCCAUCCACGACCCUGCUACGCCCGGGGACCUAGUGUGCACCAAGCCCUUCCCUUCCCAGCCAUUGACCUUCUUCGGCCCCAACGGCGACGCCAAGUACCGCGCCGCCUACUUUGAGCGCUUCCCCGGGAUGUGGCACCACGGCGAUUUUGUGCGCAUGGAUCCGCGUACGGGCGCGCUGGUGAUGCUGGGCCGCAGCGAUGGUGUGCUCAAGCCCGCGGGCGUCCGCUUCGGCAGCGCCGAGAUCUACAACGUGCUCACCCGCUUCUUCGCCGCCGAGGUGGAGGACGCCGUGUGCGUCGGCCGCCGGCGGGAGGAGGACCGCGACGAGACGGUUUGUCUCUUCGUCGUCAUGGCCGCGGGCAAGACGUUCGACGACGGGCUGAGGCGCCGCAUUAGCGAGGUCGUGCGCCGCGAGCUGAGCCCAAGGCAUGUGCCCGGCAUCAUCGAGGAGGCGAAGGGCGGGGUGCCCAAGACGAGCAACGGCAAGAAGAUCGAGGUUGCCGUCAAGCAGAUCCUGUCGGGGAUGGAGGUUCGCACGAACGCCAGCGUGGCAAACCCCGAAGCCCUGGAUUGGUUCACGGAGUGGGCGAGGAGGGCUGAUGAGAAACGGGUUCCUAACUAGAGCCGAAGAAGGCAUAAUCAAUGCGUUAGAGAGAGCAUGUUAGACUUUGAGAUCUGAUAAUGAUGAUGGACGGAACAACCCCCAACUUUGGGAACGAGGCUAUCACCUAAUACAAGUCGAGCCGACUACCGAUCUCUUCGUUCCCCGGCCCCGGCUAUCUCUAUUGGGUACGAGGAACCUGGAGUGGAGGAUUGAGGAUGUCCCCCCCCUAGGACAACGCCGGAGUACCGUACAGCACAGCGGAAGAAGCUAUUGCUAGCAAAGAUUUCGGUCCCAGGAGUUCUGCCCCGACAUUCGGGGAAUGCUUGUCUUCAUAUGCGAUUAAUCGGUUCUUGGGAAAAUGGCGCGCCCCGUCAUCGCUCUAUCCCAACAAUGACUGCCAAGACAGGAUCCCUUAGUGGAACACCGCUUUCAACCGUUGACUCUGCCUUUCACGGGAGAGUGAGUCUGAUGGACUUGCAACAUUCAGGACCAGGUCUUUUCAACCCGCGCCUGGCAUGCUAUGUACUGUACCUAGCAAGACGGGGCCAAUUUUCC